AUGGCCAUGGCGAAUCAAGGACAAUCAUCAAACAGCAAAGAGGGAAAGAUACAAUGGACCAAUAGUAUGGUUCAUAUUUUUCUUGAAGUAUAUGAAACUGAGAUGGAACAUAUUAGUUGGCGUACUGGUCCUCUCAAGAAAGAGAGUAAAACGAGAAUUAUAAAUACAUUUCGAGAAGCAACAGGUCAAAACUCUGAAUGGAAUUCACUAAAAAAUAAAUAUUACGCUAUUAAAAAAAGUUAUGAUAUUUAUCGUCGACUGCGACGUAUGACGGGAGUCAAAGUUAAUGAAACUACACAAGCUAUUGAAAUGUAUGAUGAAUGGUGGCGUGAUCGUAUUCAGGAAAUACCUGAUGCUGUAAAACUCCGGACACACCCCCUUACCAACCUCGAUAUAUUGGAUCGACUUUUUGGCAACAAACACAUUUCUACUGAUGAUGGAUAUUAUCCAGGUUCUGGAGUGGAUCAACAUACCGAGUCAGAAACAGUUACAGAGAAUGAAUCUGAAACAGUCAAUCUAAGAGAUGAUUCUGACGCGCCUUCACCAAACCUAAAUGAAACACCGUCUUCCCACAAUCAAAUUUCAAAUGGGUGUACGGAAACACUGCACGUACUUCAUCUUCAGCACGUAAACGAGGAACGGCGAAAGCUUCGUAUGACUUCGUGA